AUGUCCUUUGAUACGGAAAGGUUCAUUAGUGAAAUACAGAAUAGACCAUGCAUAUGGAACAUGUCAAAUGAAGAAUACAGCAACAGAGUAUUAAAGCAGAGCAAUUGGAAUGAAGUCGCUGAUAUUAUAUACGAUGAUUGGCAAAACUUAGAAGAAAACACUAAACAAAAAAGAAUAAAAGACCUACAAAAAAAAUGGAAGGGUUUGCGCGACUAUCACACCAGAGAAAAAAAUAAGGAUUCCUCAGUCAAAAGCGGAAGUGGGGCAACAAAAAAACGCAAGACACCAUACUUGGACAUGUUACACUUUUUAAAUGUUUCUAGAGCUAGCAACCAGACAUCUGGCAAUAUUAGCGCCGAGACGUCUAGCGACAGUAGCGCUAUUUUAGAUGAAAAUGAUUCUACUGACUCGGUAGUUAGUGUCAACCCUAGAAUAACCUCAUACACGCAUAGAGCUAUCCAACGUGUGCAAAAUGCAUGUAUGAGAUUUUGCUACGACAUACCCAGAAGGGAACAUAUAACCCCAUACCUAAACCGUAAAGGAAUCCUAAACAUGAGGGCAAGGAUGCAACUACGAUACGCUUGUUUGGUUCAAAGAGUGUUG